AAUGCAAAAACUUUGCUUUCUCCACUGUGUCCGAUCUGGAACAUUUUAUUGGUUUCCUUCGAAGCUUCUCAUCAGCAGUUAUCGACGGACCCAUUGAUCGCCCACUUCACUCUUCGACAUUUCAAGUCUGCAGCUAAUGACGAAACCAAAACACAGACAGCUGGUGCGAAAACCUGCAAAGGACUCUAUUAAUGGAGUUCAUGAGUUGGACUUGCCUUUAGAAGAUAGUUGGGUGAUGGUCAAGAAGCAGAAAGUCAACAUAUGGAUUCCUUCAUUACCUGUUGACAAACAGAUGACUAUAACUAACCCCGGAGAAAGUCAGCCAGAGCUACAGCCUGAGCUUGAGCCAGAGCUACAGCCUGAGCUUGAGCCCGAGCCCGAGCCCGAGCCCGAGCUUGAGCUUGAGCCCAUACAAACAAGCACCCAAGUGCCAUGUCCAAUUGUCAACUCUCUCCAGAUGCCCUCAGUUUUUGAUAGAGACAAGUCCAUCUCAUUGGCCCCGGAAAAGGCUUUUCCGACUGCUAGGAAAGACAGUUCUUCUCAAACCAUUCCAAUAUGUCCACCACUACCAAGACCAGUCCAUAGGAUGGGGUCAGAAAAUCCACAAGUUAAUCGCGUUCCAUGUCAUAAGACACUUGGGGUUUGCAGUGCCUCAAAAUUGGGCAAGCGGUCCAUGAGCUUCCUCGAUCGUGGUGUGUUGCUAAAUCAAAGGUUGAGGGCAUCAAAUCUUGAGAGGAAGCUUCAAAGAGCUGGUGGGUUGAGCAGGUGGCUAACAUCCCUUGGACUUGACCGGUUUGUAAAGAUGUUUCAGGGUAAAAGUGUUAAUAAAUUUAUGCUAGCGAAUCUGACAAUGAAGAAACUCAAGGACAUGGGUGCAGAUGCAGUCGGACCGAGGAGGAAGCUGAUGCAUGCUAUUGAGUGCCUUUGCCAACCUUACUGUUUCGAGGCUUAGAGAAUGGCAUGAUAAACAAAAAAAAUGAUAAGAAAGAUGGAGGUCCCGCGGAAAAAUAGCUCGACGCCCGGAUUCUUUUUCAUAUAAAAAUGAUAAAAAGGUCGUCUCGUUCAAAAUCUCAAUUAUGACAUCCCUUCUCUCUCACUUCACACCUCGGAUGUAAGGAACAAAGUGAGGCUUCUUACUCUUAUCUUUCUACCUCAUACAGUGAAUUUCCAGUAUUUGGACCCCAACACCAGCGUUCAUCCCGAGGCCGAGGUACAUGGAUUCCUUAUCACGCCACACAACACAUGGAGAUCUUUCCAUUUAUAGAUAAGAGGGCUCCUCCCUUGAACAUGCUCUUAAAGGUUAGGUUACUACCUGCCUCAACGGAAGAGGUGUACUUUUAUGUAGUAGCAAUGGCAAAUAUGAGAUUUGAGUAUGAACAAAGUAGCAGAUGCCAACUUCUCAUAUCCACUUGCACAUCUUGAAAGGUACAUACUGUUUUCUAGGCAUAUUUUAUCCAGAAGAUUUCAUUAGUCUGUGAAAUUGGUUACUAGUAAGUUGUUGAUAAGCAUGCCUCAGCUCCUUU